UGAACUAAUUACCACAGGCACCACCCGGUAGUAAAUUCAAGUUCGAGGCAUCAAAUCGGAAAAGUUAAUGGUAAUAUGCUGUUUUUCGUUCAUUUACAGUAAGUGGGAGGGGCCUUCAGUAAAAUUUAUGCUGUAAAACUCAGAAGGAUAAACUCUUUACAGUCCGUCCUCCUUCCUCGUUCAGUUCGCCGUCGUUGGAUCUCUCUCUCUCUCUCUCUCUCUCUCUGUGUUUCCCUCUCUCUGAGUAGAUUUAGAGCUGGAAUGCUGUCGAGGAUGAAUGGGGUGGGGUGGAUGGAGGAAGAGGGCGAGGAAGAUGAUGGUGUCUCGUGGACGAGGGGAGCAAUGGGGAGCAAGGACGAACUCGGUGGACACCCAUCAUCUUCUUCUUUCAGGUCCAUGCUCGACGACGACUGGUACGUCCAAAGCAUCGCCACCACCACCCAACACCACCAUGAAGGGAUGAAAGAGCUCGCCGGCUUCGCCCCUUCGAAUCCGCCGGAUGACGCCCUCCUCUUCCACCCCGUUGAUUCUUCCUCCUCCUGCUCCCCUUCCUCCUCCGUCUUCGCCCUCGACCCCUCGCCAAUCCCGCCCUUCCUUCCCCAGAAGCCGUGCCUCUCCUCCCUCCUCGGCGCCAUCUGCUCUAACCCGUUCGACGCGGGGCUCGAUUUGGGGAGCGACGCUGGGCUGUUGGCCUCUUUGCAGGAGAGCCCUAACGCUAAUCCGAGCCCCGGACCUAGUACCAAUGCGAGUGACCACCAUGGUUCUAUGGUUCCUGGAAGUGGCUUCGGCGUCCUGAGUUCACACACCCAGAUGGGCACUUCCAAUUUCGGGUCCGGCGGCCAACUCGGCCGGAUUCCGCCGCUCUGCGAGAAUCCAAGCUUCGGCUCCUUGAAUUUCAGCUUGGAUGGGUGCAUUAACAGCGGGGUGUUCCUGAACCGGCCUAAGGUUUUGAGGCCACUCGAGAUUUUCCCUCCUGUCGGAGCUCAGCCGACUCUGUUUCAGAAGAGGGCCGCACUUCGGCAAAAUUCAGUUGUGGGUGGUGGCGCUGCUCCAGCCUUAGCGGUCGCUGACGCGGGGAGACGAGGUGGGGAGGAGGAUAGGAGGAAGAUCGAUGAUGAUCUGGUGGAUGAGACGAGCAUGGAUGGGUCAGCGCUCCAGUAUGAUUCCGAUGAAGUGGCGGAUAACAAGCCGGAGGAGACUAUGACCGCGGAGACCGGAGGGGAAGGGUUAGGGGCGGCUGCCAUGGCUCGAUGUGGAAGCAAUUUGAAUUCGGGUGCGCUGGCCGGCGAUGGUGGAGAGCAGAAGGGGAAAAGGAAGGGCUUGCCGGCUAAGAACUUGAUGGCUGAGAGGAGGAGGAGGAAGAAGCUUAAUGAUCGGCUCUACAUGCUCAGAUCUGUAGUCCCCAACAUCAGCAAAAUGGACAGAGCUUCAAUCCUUGGUGAUGCAAUAGAGUACCUGAAGGAGCUUCUUCAGAGGAUCAACGAUCUUCACAAUGAGCUUGAGUCGACUCCUAGUUCUUCUGUCCCUACUACACCAAGUUUCCACCCUCUGACGCCCACACCACCAACAUUGCCAUGCCGGGUGAAGGAGGAACUCUGUCCAAGUUCAUUGCCAAGCCCAAACAGCCAACCAGCGAGAGUGGAGGUGAGGGUUAGAGAAGGAAGGGCUGUCAAUAUCCAUAUGUUUUGUGCAAGAAGACCAGGCCUGUUGCUAUCUGCCAUGAGGGCACUGGACGGACUUGGGCUUGAUAUUCAACAGGCAGUAAUUAGCUGUUUCAACGGUUUCGCCUUGGAUGUUUUCCGUGCCGAGCAAUGCAAAGAGGGACCCGAUGUUCUUCCCGAAGAGAUAAAAGCAGUGCUUCUGCACUCAGCAGGCUUUCAUGGCGCCAUGUAGAUUUUAACACUUGGUCUUCUGCAGUUCUGCUCUUUGUAAAAUUCUGUCAGUAAGCAAGCCAGUUUGAUCGAUCAUAGCCAUUAGCAUUUGUGAUUUAUGUUUAUGAGGAUGGAAAUUUUCUUCAGAGACAUUUGUUAUCUCCCAUUGUGGCUUAAAUGAAGGUUUCUUAUUUCGAGUA